AUGUCGAUCUAUAUCAACGAGCUGACGGGCGCUGACGAGGCCGGGCGCGGUACCGAAGAAGCACCAUUCAAGUCUGCGGCAUUUGGGCUGUUUGCGCAGCAGGACGGCGAAGAACCAAAGGUGUUUACGUACAAGAGCGAUGAAGGGGCCGGGGGAUACGUUGAGAUCAGCGCUUCAGGGCUAAAGAAGGCACGCAAGGGCGCGGAGGGCCUGCGCAAGGCCGCGGCGAAGGAGGUGGAGCAGCAGCGGCGGCGCGCGGAGCAAGAGGCGCGCGAUGCCGCGAAGAAGCUGGAGCUCAUGAGCAUCAAGAUCGAGGAGGACGCGUCGUUGCCGCCCGCUGUGGGGCUGAAGGUGGGCAAGGCUCACGGGGCGGUGGGCACGCGGGUGAAGGUCUCGGGGUGGAUCCACCGGCUGCGGAUGGGCAAGGCGGUGGUGUUUCUGGUGCUGAGAGACGGUACGGGGUACCUGCAGGCCGUGUUGUCCAAGGACCUCGCGCGCGCGUACCAGACGAGCACGCUGACGCUGGAGAGUACGGUGACGUUGUACGGGACGGUCAAGCAGCUGCCCGAGGGCAAGACGGCGCCGGGCGGCGUGGAGCUGGACGUGGACUACUACGAGAUUGUCAGUCUUGCUCCGUCGGGUGACGACUCGUUCAGCAACCGUGUGCAGGAGGGCGCGGAUCCCUCGCUGCUCAUGGACAUGCGGCACUUGAUGCUGCGGGGCGAGUCGCUGUCCGCGGUCAUGAAAGUCCGGGCCGCGUUCCUGCGCGCGAUCCGGCGCGUAUACGAGGACGAGGGCCUGCUGGAGGUCACCCCGCCAUGCAUGGUGCAGACCCAGGUCGAGGGUGGCUCGACCCUGUUCAAGCUCGACUACUACGGGGAGGAGGCGUUCUUGACGCAGUCCUCGCAGCUGUACCUGGAGACCUGUCUGCCGGCGCUGGGAGAUGUGUUCUGUAUUCAGGAGUCCUUCCGUGCGGAGAAGUCGCACACCAGGCGGCACCUGUCCGAAUACACGCACAUAGAGGCCGAGCUGGGCUUCGUAGACUUCGACCAGCUGUUGCGCCACACGGAAAGGGUCAUAACCUCUCUUGUGCGCUACGUGCUCGAAGACCCAGUUGCUGGCCCGCUGGUCAAGCAGUUGAACCCAGACUUCGUGCCACCGCAGAUGCCGUUCAUGCGCUUGGAGUACAAGGACGCCAUCACCUGGUUGAACGAGCAUGGCAUCAAAAAUGAGGAGGGCGAGGAGUUCAAAUUCGGCGACGACAUCGCCGAGGCUGCGGAGCGGAAGAUGACCGACACCAUCGGCAAGCCUAUCUUCCUGACCAGAUUCCCGCUGGAGUUGAAGUCGUUCUACAUGAAGCGCUGCGCUGACGAUCCCCGUGUCACAGAAUCGUUCGACGUGCUCAUGCCAACUGUGGGUGAGGUCACGGGAGGCUCGAUGAGAAUCGACUCGUUGGACGAGCUGAUGGCCGGCUUCAAAAGAGAGGGCGUCAACCCAGAGCCGUACUACUGGUUCAGCGACCAGAGACGCUAUGGCUCCUGCCCUCACGGUGGCUACGGGCUAGGGACUGAGCGUAUCCUGGCAUGGUUGUGCAACAGAUACACGGUGCGUGACUGCUCGCUGUACCCUCGCUACACAGGAAGAUGCAAACCUUGA